AUGGUUUACAUCGCGAACGGACAAGUGUUGGACAGCAGGAGUCAGUCCCCAUGGAGAUUAUCUUUGAUAACAGAUUUCUUCUGGGGAAUAGCUGAGUUCGUGGUUUUGUUUUUCAAAACUCUGCUUCAGCAAGAUGUGAGAAAGGGAAGAGGCUACGGAAACUCAUCUGAUUCCAGAUAUGAUGAUGGAAGAGGGCCCCCAGGAAACCCUCCCCGAAGAAUGGGUCGAAUUAAUCAUCUGCGUGGCCCCAGUCCUCCUCCAAUGGCUGGUGGAUGA